UUAGAUCCAGGUCAGCGUCAGUCAUGGAUGAACUGCUGAAGAUUCUCAUUGUUCUCUCUGGUCUUAUUUCCUGGAGUCUUUGCUCCAUUUCUGCUUCAAUGUUGGAGACGAUUGUACGGCGUGGAGACAACAUCACCAUCUACUGCGACUGCAAAGUGUCAACUGGAAUAUAUGUAGCUUGGUUCAGGAACUGUUCCCAUGAAUACCAGCCGACUCUUGUUGUAGAUUGGAAGAAGAGCUAUCUUUAUGAAAGAGAAAUCAGAUUCCCUCGCUUUAAAUUUGUGAAGAAUGAGUCGUCCAACUCCUAUGACCUGAUGAUCAUCAAUAUCACGAAUUCUGAUGAGGGACUUUAUUACUGUGGAACUUUUGAAACAAAGGUGGAGAAAGACGAAAACAAAAAUAUUUUCUCUAAAGAAGCUUACGUCUAUGGCAACCUCACCACAAGGAUCACACUGUAUACAGAGACUCAUUUACCACAUCCAAAUAUUUCCACGACAGUGGAGGGAUGUGGUUUGUGCUGGAAGUUGCUCUUCUCUCUGUGUCCGGCCUUUUCUGCUCUCUCAGCUCUCGUCUCUGCAUUUCUGGUUUAUCGGCUAUGCCAAAAGUCAGCAAACACCCAAGCUGAGAAAAAGAGAGGAAACACUUUAAGGCAAACAGAGGAGACACAGGAUGAGAAUGUGUGUUAUGCUGCCUUGGAAAUUCAUCAGCCAUCACAGAGAAUUAAGAGGAAGAGGACGAACCCGAGUUCAGAUUUCAGCACAUACUCUGCUAUCAAGACAUUCCAGGAGGAGAUUCAUGUUUAACUUAGAGGUUGAAACAAAAUUUAAAGAUAAUUUCUAAUUGCUUUCUUUGAUUUAUGUUCUUUCUCUAACUCAGAAAUCAAACAAAAAUUAGUAGCUUUCACAAUCACAAAUAAGUAAUUUUCAGACAACUUUUGACUUGAUGGCUUUUAAAUCUUGAUCAGAAUGAAGCCCUCCUUACUCGUGCAUCGACUAUUCCAGACAUGGCUGCAUGUCUGAAAGCAAAUGUGCUCAUCUCACCUAGACAGCUUUGACAGAAACAUCAGGGAAAUUUUCAACAAAUUAUAUUCUUCUGAUGACUAUAUUUUUAUUUUAAUUUUCAGUAACAGUAAAAAUAUGUAUUUAUUUUUUUUUAUUUUAUUUUGGACAUUGAAAUACAUUUGUAGGCUCUUUCAAUGUCAUUUACUUAAACUUCAAUUUAAUUUCUAAUGACCUGAAACAUUUUAACCUCAGAUCUUCUGACCAUGUUCUUUUACAACCUGCUUUGUACUGUUCACUUGAAAAAAUUGCAAAUAAAAUAAAAAUAUUAGC